AUGCAAUGGUUCACUAAUCAGAGGACCAUCUAUGGAAAGGUCACCGCACUUGGGACCAAAACAGGGUCAGCUGGCAGCACACUGACAGAAAGCUCCACGCCGAGUCCAUCCACCAGCCAACAGCACCGCAGUAGGCACAUUUCCAGCAUCGACCUCACCACACCCGGAGGUGCUGAAGAAGGGACAGAUGGAAACAGCAUUAAAAGUCUCAAUAAUACUGUUCGAGACGGUAUUAAAUUGUUGGAGGAAGGACACCUGAGACCGAACAGCUUUACGCAGAGGGCAGUAGACUUCUGUCAAGCUAUUAUGGAAGAAGAAAUAAAUGAAGGACAAUGGGAUUUUGUAUGGAAUAUGAUCAAUGGGGCAAUCACUAUGCGAAAUAAAAAGUUAAUGGAAGCACGUGCACCUGAGGCGCAGCGUCCACUGGUUCCUCAGCCUCGCCCGCCUCACUUCUAUGACCAGUAUACAGAUAGGACAUAUGGAUUGCCGCGUGCAAUGGGAGCACAUCCACCAUUCCGUGCUGAACAGAGACACUCACCAUCACCACUGAUGUUUACAGAGCAGCAGCCUGCUAGAAAUCCACCUUUGCCUUUUGUUUACGGAGAGGGCCGUGCACAAACACCAUUUCAAGAAGGGGCAGAUGGUUUCGCUGACGUCAAUGACUCCAGUUAACCCUCGGACGUUGAGAAUUAUUUAUGUGGUGUUUAAUUAACCGUUUGAGUUUUAGUUUAUUUUAGUUGUUGGCCACUCAACAUUUGGUGUGACAUCUAGAGUCCUUU